ACUAGAACAACGACAGAGUCUGCACGGAGGAUACAAAGUCCCCUGUUGGCAGAGAUAUGAGAACGAGGACGUUAACUUACUUUCAGCGUGCACUCGAGGUUUUUUGAAAUUUCAUUUUAGUGAUUUCUUGCCCUCACCACUUCAAGAGCAACCUCAGCUGGAAAAGUCCACGAUAUGACAUUUUGAUUGUACAUGUGAAUGUUAUGGGUGCUGAAUCAAGUAUUUUGAGAUCAUAUGUACUUGGAAUACCAUAUGAAAUCAGCCUAAACCAAGCUGGAAGUGCCCCUGACUCAGAUGAGUCGAAGUUGCCCGCUGGUCGUAGUGGGGAAGGAAACAAGCAUGACCUAAGUUUCAUGGUUUACCCAGGAAGACACAAGGAAGACGGUUCAGGAAUUAGUGUAUUUGUCUAUCAGAGGUCAAGAAAUGCUACGAACUGCCUUGGAUCAGCUUGUGCAGAGAUCCUUAGGGUUAUACGCCACCCAUAUAUAUUGAAGUUCAUUGGUGUCAGUGUGAGUGACAAACACAUAAAGCUUCUAACUGAAGAAAUUACGCCACUUGGACAUUGUGUCCAUAACCUGGAGUCAUUUGAGGUCGUUGCUGGCCUUCAUAAUAUUCUAGAGGCUGUUCAGUUUCUCCAUGAGAAGGGUGGUCUUGUACAUAAAAAUCUAAAUUGGUCCUCUGUUUUUGUCAGCAAACUGGAUGGCAUAUGGAAAUUAGGUGGUAUGGAAAAGGUGGAAAAAUAUUCUUUACGAGGAGCACAAGGAGAUGUUGUUGGUUUUGCAAAAUUAGCACUUUCUAUUUUGGAUUGCCAGGAUUUUGUCUCAAAUGAGGAGAGAGUCUUCAUAAGAAAAUUGGAAAAUGAAUUUUGUUCUGAGGACAAGGUCAAUGCUGAAUCAUUGAAAUUGUUAUUAGCUGAGUCGGUUUUUAGGAACAGUUACUUAGAAAUAACGAAUUUUCUGAAUUCUGUCACCAUGAAAACAGACAUGGAGAAAAAAGAUUUUUUCAGUGGGCUUGCCGAUAAAUUGCGGAAUUUAAACCCAGAGACAGUGGCAAAGAAACUUUUGCCGAAAUUAAUGUCGAAAAUGAUGCUAGCAGAGCCUAACGCAGAGAAACUUUUUAUCCCACAUCUUCUGACAUUCAAAGCAAAAGAUUCUGCGAACCGUAAUUUCGCACCAAUUUUCCCUGAGACUAUCUUUAAGAAGUACUGUAUUCCGCUGGUGUUAAAAUUGUUUCGUUCGAAGCAAACACAUGUGCGACUUGUUCUUCUGAAAUACUUGUCAUUGUUUGUGGAGGGAGUAGAGAAAGAUGAUCUUGAGUCAGAGAUUCUUCCAUUGGUUUUACUUGGUUUACGGGAUGAAAAUGAUGCAAUCGUCACUGCAACAUUUCAUGGCCUAGCUAAUCUUGUUCCCAUCCUUGGCGGAGCUGUAGUUGUUGGCGCUGAAAGAGGCAAAUUCUUUGUUGAUCAGAGUCCAAAGUUUUCGCUUGAAAGACAAAGCUCAGCAAAAGCAGCAAGACGUUCUGAACCAAUUGACGAUACUACGAUCGCAACUGGGGUUUCGAUAGCAUCUUCUGAAAGACAAGAGAUGAUGGAAAGGAGACGAGAAGAAAGGCGAAAACAGAUGGAGUUACGUAGAGAAGAAAGGGAAAGAAAGAGGAAAGAGGAGGUGGAAGCUAAUUCCAAGCAAUCUUGUGAAGCUGAUAUGAAGAUAGAGGGAGCUCCGAAAGAGACAGUAAAAACAAAAUCUGUUUCCUUUGAAGCAGAUCAAACAAAACGGCACGAAGAAUCAGAGCCAGACUGGGAAGGGUUUGAGGCCUUUUCUUCAGGCAGUGCGUCAGACGAGGAGCGUCGAUUCGGAAAGUUGAAGCCCACAUUAUCUGCCGAAAAUCUUCUGAUGAUGUCGAAAGGUUCAUUGGAAAUUCCGAAUGAAACACCAAUAGGGGAGACUCAGAAUAGAGUGCCAGAACUGCACCAAAUAUUCACUAGUAAAGCCUUGGUGCUUGGAACUAAAAAGAAAGGAGGCCUAAAAAUUGAGUCUCAAUAUAACAGAUCGGAUUCAUUAAACUCCAGUGCGUCAAAAGACUCGGAUAGUUUUAACCAGACAGAUUUGUACAACCACGCUAUUCAAAUACCACCUAGAGCAAAGACUUUGGAGAGGAAAUCACAGCCUCUUAAAAAGGAAGACAAAAAAGAACUAGGUGGAGAAUUUGAAAUUGCAGUUGUGAAAAAUACAGAACCAGAUUUUUUCGCAGACAUGACACCAGAUUUGUCACAAUCGAAGACAGUUUUAAUUGAAAAGAAAACUCCUGCUGUGAGUGCAAAAUUUGAAGCUGCGGAUUUUGAUGACAAGAGCCCUUCAGGAUGGGAUGAUGAUGACUGGUGAAUGGUGGUCUUGUUCUUUGCGUUAGGGCUACAUCCACGAGUUACUCCUCAUCUCCUCACGUGCAUCUCAAAAGUCUCUUUUAAGUGACAAUCAAAUCAAAAAGAUUAUUGUUCAGAAUUAUGAAUACGCAUAUAUUUCAUUUAAUUAUUCCAUAAAAUCAUUCAGAAUUCUAUUAAAGCUUCCAGAUAUGACACUCUUACUGUGAAUCGUCAUAUUUCUGUCAAGCGUUCAUUUAAGUUUAUGUUACUGUUAAA